UCCCCUUUCAUGACAACACUGAUGGAUCUGGAAGUAGCCUCCCCGACUCCUGGGAUUCUCUCUUCCCCAUCACUUCCUCUGGGACUCGAGACAUUUGUCGUUUGUAAACUAAAAGAGAAAAUGGCGGCCCAGAAAGGCUAAAUAACUUGAGAAGAAUCAAAUCCAUUGUCGCAUAAUCUUCUUGUUGCUGUGUCCAAUGUUCUCUUGGUUCUAUUCAUUUCACUCAACAUUAGUUCAUACUCAUCAAAGUCCAGUAGCAAGACAAAAGUUAAGGUGACUGGCAAUGGCUUGGGAUGCAGUGGUUGAUCUUGAGGUCUUCAACGUCUGGCCAAGUUCUGAGCUCUCCACAACCUCUGCUUCAGCCACCUUCGUGGCCACUGGACAAAUCCACUUCAUGUGCUUGGGGUGAACAUCUCUUCAAUCUGCUUUAGCCCUGGUGUGAUAGUUUAUCUGGGUGUGUAGCUGCUAUGUAUGCUACAGCUUCUUAGAACCACAGAAUCCAGAGAAGAGAUAGUAUCCAGCAGGAGGAGAAGAAACCUGAUGCUGCAGUGAAAUCAAGAAAAAAGAUGACCAGAAAAAGCCUUUGGACUUGGCAAUUAUGAUCCCCGUAAACGUGGGGUGGAUAAUUUUAGUUGUGAUAUUUGGGAACUGAGAAUUCUCACCCAACCCAUGAAACAGAGGAACAAAGAAUUAUCACAUAUUUGGAAGUAAAGAAGGAAACAAGCAUUUAUGUGGAACCAUUUAUGUGUCGUGUUGUGCUAAGUACUUUAUAACUAUUAUUCCAUUUAAUCCUCACAAUGGGAGGGUUACUCCUACAAGUCUGAGAAGACAUAGUGAUUGUGGUCUGAGGACCUGAAUCAGGGAGAGUGGGAGUAGGUGUUGGUCACUGCUGAUUGUGACUCCCGAGAUGCUCCUGGGUCUGGAAGGAGGCAUGUUCUCAGAAAUGGAAAUUUCUUGACAGGGGACAAGGCUGUCGGCCAUUCCGGAUGGAGCCCCAAUGGAAGAUGCAGUCCUCCUCGUUCUGGAUGCUCUUUCUGGGGAUAUUUCUUCUGACAAAGACCCAGGCAGAGCUUCACAGCCUGGAGUUCCAGAUAAUCGUGGUGUUGUCUCCUCGGAUCCCACCAGACAUCUUCUUCAAUGGCUUUUUGGAUGAUCAUCUGAUCAUUUCCUACAAUAGCCCUAGUAAAGAUCUGAUCUUUAAGCUGGAUAGAGUCAACACACCCAUGCAGAACUUUAUGAUCCAGCAUUACCGAACAGAACUGUUAAAAUUAGAGACUGAGAUUGAUAAAAUCCUCCAGGACAAGACACAGUAUUACAACUGGACUGAGGAGACCCACACAGGGCAGGCCUUUAUGAACUGUGAGAUCGACAGAGGCAUCCUGGUGAAUAGUCACAUGGGUGUUGCCUUUGAUGGUGAAGAUGUCUGCCACCUGGAUAUGAAGGAAGAACGAUGGAUUGUCAUGAAGCUAGAGGAUGAGUUCUUCUGUCCCUACCAGAAGGACCACUUCUGGGCCAACACAAUUCGAGGGGAUUGUACCUUUUUACUAAAGCUUCUCUUGCAAAUUGUGCACUUGAAGGAAAAGACACCCCCCGAAGUGACUGUAUCCCGCUAUCACUCUCAAAAUGGCAGCCUCAUCUUCUCCUGCCUGGCCACGGGUUUCUACCCUCGCUCCAUCCUUCUGCAUUGGGAGAAGGAUGGCAAACUGGGCAUAUGGGGGGAGGAGAGCUCCAGUGGCACUCUGCCCAAUGCCGACUCCACCUACUACCUCCAUGUUACUUUGAAAUUGCCCCCAGAGGACCCAGGAAAAGGGUAUGCCUGCCUGAUUGAGCACAGUGAGCUGGAGAAACCAACUGUAUACCCCGUCCCUGGAGAGACAACAAAAAGAAGCUCAUGGGCUGUGAUCCUGAGUUCCACAGCAGCUGCUAUCUUUGUGCUGAGCUUGUUGGCAGCUUUCAUCAUCUGGAAAAAGAAGAAGACAGGGAUGACCCCGCUAAGUCAGCUGGAGUGUUCUUUCCCACCUCUUUUUUCACCUGCUCUAUAGCAGAAGACUGAGGGAAACUCUCACCAUAUAUUCUGAGCCAAGCGCGGUUACGACUGGAUGCUUCCCCAUGUAUUAAUGAUAGCAAUGACAGCCCAUGUUUCUCUGAUACUUUACAGUUUAUAAAACAGUUCUUCAGUAGACGGCAGACUGUCUCAAGAAGCAUUCUCUCCCCUUUACAGAUGAAGAAAAUGAGACCUAGAAGUGGCUUGCUAACGGCAAGAAGUUAGCAAAUUUUGGAAUUAGAGCUUGAAGCCAGGGAUUUUAAUCCUAGAUCUGGUGAUUUUUCCUCAUCCUAUCAAGUCCUGACUUUCCCCUUUAGUGGGAUAGUGGAGAAGAAUUUAGGGAAGAGAGGAAGAUUACAUCCCUCACUCUGACCUUCAUCCUCACCAUCACCAUCAUCCUCACUAACCUAAAGUGGAACUGUGUCUGUGAAGGAAGUCCAUUUCCUUGAGAGACACUGAUAUAAAGCAUCUCCUGUAGAAAUUAGGUAAAUAUUCCACUUGCAGCUCAGCUUCCCUGGGCAAUGAGAAUCUUUCAUUUUAGUCUAGAGGUGGCAGAAGGACCUGGAGAAGGGUCUCAAAUGUAAUAGAGAAUAUGAAGUCGCAGUUUAUUAUGGAAUGUAAUCAUUGGAUCAUUAUGAAUGUCUUCCUUCCAGAACAAGGAGAAUGAGACAUAGUUGUAGUAAAUAUUAGCUAUUUUUCAAGCCAACAGGAAGAUGAAGAAAAAGAAGCUGGCAAGUGCACUUAGGAUCUGGAUUAUAGUAAUUUUGUGCUAUUAUCAUAUAAUGCUAAUAUAUGAUAGCUAAAUCUCCAUAAGUCUCCACAUUAAAUUAGGAACCUUUUGCUUGAUGGUCAGGCUUUUUGGCACACAAGGCGGAUUGUUUGGGAUGGGGUAAAUGCAAAGAGAUGGUUGUUCAACAAAGUUGUGAAUGUCUGAUGAAGAGUCUGCAAAUAUUUUCUUGACAUAGUACCACUUCCCACUCCAUUCCAUGCUCUUUUAAGCUAAGUGAUUUUCUUAAAGCACACAUCUGACCAUGUCAUCACUCUUCCGUCUCCAAUAAACCUCAAUAGCUCCCUAUCAUUUCCAGGAUCAAAUAUAAAACCCUCUGAAGCUCAAAGCCCUAUAGAAUCUACUCCUCCGUGCCAUCUCCCUCACCCUGACUCCUUUCCAGUCUUCUUCACCUUCCUUCCUUCCACAUAUCUUAGAUUCAAUGACACUGGCUUCCUGGGUGUUCCUUCAAUAAGACACUUCAUCUUUUGGCUCCAGCUAUUUUUUUUAUGUCUCCAAGAUUUAAAAAAAAUUAAAGCUUUUUAUUUUCA